AUGGCGAAGGAUAACAACAACAUUAACACCGAUGAACUGACGGGAGGAACUACAUCGUCAAAUGUGAAGGCGGUUCCUUCCUCGACGACGGAAGGUGAAGCCAGUUCGGCAGCGGCCGAAGCCCAAUCCACCUCGCCAGUAGCACCGACACCCGUACCACCGUCCACCGCGGAAGCACCCCGAAGGGAGGAAAAUCCGUUCUCGUUCAAGCACUUUCUGAAGUGGGAUGGAAACCAUACGUCAAACGGCUCCAGCGCCGUUUCUGGGGCAGCUCCUUCCAACAGUGCGAACAGCAUAAACCACAGUCGAAGUGCAUCCAGCAUAAAUGGUCACGUUGGCCACUCGCUCGAUGGCACCGGAUGCAGCAACGGUUCGAACGGACCCGUGGAAUCAAAACUGACCGCAAACGAGAUCCCAGGUGGCUCGAAUGGCUGCAGUACGGGGAACAAUUUAACGAGCACCACGACCACCACCACCAACACCGGGUCACCGUCGAAAUCGGCCACCACGAGUUCGCUUAACGUAGUCAGCUCGACGACCGGAGCGCGACCCAAAAUUCCUCAGUUCCAGUCGGUCAACACACUCAGCAGUGAGUCGAAGAUGAAGCGGUCACCGCGCUUCCCAUCGUUCGACUCCCAGUCAAGCUUGUCUGACUUUGCGGAUGAUCGUUUCGGCUCGAUCUACCAGAGUCGCAGCAACGGUUCCUUCAACUCGGAGUACCCCACCAGUACCGGUGCCGGGGGACCCAGUGGUAGCGGUCCCCGAGAUGAAGCCAACGGCAGCGAGCCGCUAGGCGAACAGGUGGAGCUGUUGCGGGGCUAUGUGCAACGAUCGUACACGAACUACGAUCCCGACAGUCCCGGUUCGUUGGCCGUCGGGAGCGAUCAACGGAAUGAGCCGAACGAUAUGCAUCAUGACCCCCCGCCUGGACGGAUAGUGGGCGCGGCGGAAUUUUCCGCUGCCCUGCCCGACUUCGUACAGGACCACCUUGUAAUGGAACAGUGGUAUUAUGAGCAAUCGAAAAGUCCAGUCCCAUUCGGUGGUGGUGCUGGUGGCGUAGGUAGCAGUUCAGCCGAGUUAGAUGAUGUGCUUGAUUUGACGGGCGUGGCCAACGUUUCCGGAAAUGGCGCCAGUGCUCCCUCGUGCAACGAUAUUCCCUUUGAUCUGACCGCAAGCAGCACCACGAGUAACAGCUGGGCGCGAGAGCGAGAGCGAGAACAAAACGCCAGUUUUGGCCAGCGGCAUUCGCUUGGUGCUCGUGGGCCCCCUCCAACGGGUGCGGGUCCCGAGCUUGGUUUCGAUCUACCGCCUCGGUCGCCAACGCCAGCGUCUUCCGAGUUGCCGCCCGAUCUCACGGAGGGCAACGCGAGCGGUCUUGGGGAUGCCGGUGGAGCGAGUGGAUCAAUCGCUGGUUCCGGUGGGAGGUCACGGUCGUACUAUUACGCCUCGUCGCCAACAUCGUGCUCCGGUUCGGCAGCAGCGGCGGCAGACAAGAUCCAUCGCCUGCCAGACUUCCUGUCCGACGGUCCGAUCCACUCGUCCGGUCGGCUGGCGGAUGUGAUGAAUGACACACCGCACGCUUCCGAGACGGCGGCUGCUGCUGCUGCGGCGUCCGAACGCCGGGAGCGGAUACAGCAGCAGCAACGCGAAGCCCAGUAUCAAAACCGGCUCAGUUUGGAAAACGAACGGCUUAAGCGCGAGCUGGAUGCUAGUCGGCAAAAGGUGAGCGAACAGUCACGCCGCAUCCGCGAACUGGAACACGAUCUCGAAACGAUGGUGACGCUUGUUAAACCGGGUGGGUUGUUGCAUCGCGAAGGUGCCAACGGAUCGACCCAAUCGAACGCGAACAUUUUCCUGCAGGCGAAAACGAGGGCUGCCGACGCCGAGGCCGAAAUGCAUCAGCUUAAGCGAAAAAUGGCCAACAUGACGAUGAAAAUGGAAGGAUUGCGUUGGGAGAAUGACUUCCUUAGAGAGCAAAAUAGCUGGAUUCCAGCGGAUGUGAGGGCUAUGGGCACUGGUGCGGGCACCAGUACGAGCACCAACACUAGACAGACCCGUAGUAGCUGGCCAAGACGAGAUCGUUCCUCUGCUUUCCUGCGUACGCAAACAGUCGCGCUUCAGCAGGCGGCAACGACUGCAGAAACUAAUAUAAGGCAACUGCUAAGCGGCGUGGAAAAUCUGCGCGCUGUGGCAAAUCAGAUCGACACGUUUAGAACUACAUACGAAGACCUGGAAUCGGCGGAUGCAUCUGAUCUGAUCAUACCCGGCGGCUCUGUGCUGCCUAUUAUUAGUGACGACGACGACGAUGAUGAUGAAGAUCCAUUCGGUCCCGCGUUGUAGGCGUCGAGAACGUAACCCUUGUGACCGGAACGGAACCACUAACAGCUCUCUCUGGAGGAGGCGAAAAACGCAAAAAGAGAGAAAGUGAGAGAUACAGAACAUCUAGCUUGUAGAUAAGAAAUAUAUACACCUAUAUACACACACACACACAAUCACUCACAUACACAUUCACAUGGAAAGGUUCCAGGUCCUUUUUGGCACUAUUGCACACCAAUUUGCUGCAGCUAUCGAGCGCCUCAGUAGGAGAACAGCCACCCAUUAUACUGCAAAACACAACAGACUCGUACACGAUACCAGACAGUGCAC